GUUUUCGGCUUUACUGUCUCAGCAAGUCAGCAUCAAUAGUUUCUGCACCCCUUUGAAGCCGUUUUUCAAGUUGAGAAAGAGAGAAGAACUUAAUUGUUUUUCAGUGACCGUUAUUCGUGCCAGUUGAGAAAGGAGAGGCAAAUUUAGUUGUCGUGUGUAAUUAUCGACUUGGCAAACUAGAGAGCCGAGUGGUGUCAAGCUUUAUUGGUCGACCUGGUUUGUUGGAUUGCGAAUUGAUUUACGUCGCACAAAGGUAUACUGAAAGGGCAGGAAAGAAGAAAAAUGUCGGCACUAUUCGCAUGUUCCCGUUGUUUCAGUCGCCAUCCUUUCGAGGAGUUAUCACAAGGUCAACAAUUGUGCAAGGAAUGUAGAGGCGCUUUCCCUAUUGUCAAAUGCACCUACUGCCGUUCAGAGUUUCAGCAGGAAAGGUGUGCGCACACAACAACUUUUGACAGCAAAGGGAAUACUAGUACCAUCUGCAAAAAAUGUGAAUUCAAUGUCAAGCAGUACGGCAAGCCUUCAGCCUGCGAAUACUGCAACAUAAUUGCAGCGUUCAUUGGGAACAAGUGCCAACGCUGCACCAAUUCAGAGAAGAAAUAUGGACCUCCUGUCACUUGUGAGCAGUGCAAGCAAAAAUGUGCUUUUGAUCGCAAAGACGAAGACAAGAAAAAGGUAGAUGGCAAGAUGCUUUGCUGGCUGUGUACGCUAUCCUAUCGUAGGGCACUGGCUAAGACGAAGCAUUCUGAGCGAGGCUCUCAUUCGAAUUCUUCGAAAACUAAAGAGCAACAACAGCAGCAACACAGGAGCAGCAGCCACCAUAAUCACCACGGCAAUCACCACAAUCAUCAUGACAAACGUCCCCAGCGUCCUGACGUCACCAAGGUUGGACUUGGUGAUAGGGAAGAAACUGGCCCCCCAGCCAAAAUCUUUCGCCCCAUGAUCAACCGUGACGCAAUGGUUGAUCCCAACUCGUCUGACCAUGUUGUGGCUAUAACUGAACUUCGAGAGCAAGUAGCCACUCUACAGAAGCAACUCUCCGUCAAAGACAACCAACUGUUGGCCAAGGAGAAACAGAUCACUGAGCUCAAAGCGGGCCAAUUCCGCAUGGAGCAGGAGCAUCGCGUCCGGGUCAAGACGAUCCAGAAGGAGCACGAAGCCAAGGUGGAUAUUCUGCAGGAACGUAUUAAAACCUACCAGAGGGAAGUGGCCACGCUGAACAAGGCCAAUAACAAGCACAAAUCUGACCAGCAAAAGCAGUUGCAUCAACAACAGAAAUCCGCAGCAAACGCCAUUGCGACUGCUAAUGCUGCUGCCUCUUUAGGCCAGAGCAGCAAUUCGACUCCGGGCGGAUCGAAAAGCCGUCAAGGAUCCGGCUCGGAUUCCGACAAUAGUCCCAGAACUUCAUCGCCGGCGAUGUAUUUCAUCGAAGACGAUCACAAAGCAGCCGACCGACCGGUUGACAAUAAAAUGGAUGGAACGCCUCCGCAGCCAUCGAGCGGAAUCGCCGCUGUUGUCCCAGAUCUACAAGAAACGAUGUGCAUGCUCCAAAUGAUGUCGCUCGAUGGACCUCUGGCCGAAUUGAAACCUAAACCGGCCCUGUCUGGCAUCUCCAUGCCGGGCAUCAGCAACAUCUUUGGCGACACGAACCUAUCACGCAGGAUUGUCUGGAUUCUAGUCAUCGUCGCCGCGUUCGUCAUAGCCAUCAUUCAGGUGAAAGAUCGUGUUGAAUAUUACAGUUCCACACCGGUAACUGUCAACGUGCGCGUCACAAUGAACGACACGCUCCGCUUCCCCGUUCUGACGGUGUGCAACAAAAACAGUUUCAACAUGAGCCAAAUCCGACUUUUAGAAAAGGAAAUGACGGGCAGCGUUAACAAAGUCGAGGUCAACAUUAGCCAACUUGUCGGGCUACGAGGCAUGGACGCCAAACAGCUGUGGGACGUCAUGGCUCACGAUCCCGAUCAAUUCAUCGUCGAGUGCUGGUUUGGACGGAACAUUAGCUGCAACCAAAUUGGCCGCUGGACCAAAGUGUAUACCUAUUUGGGCGUCUGCUAUUCGUUCAUCCGCAACGAAACUUCGGUGAAAACGACGGGCAGUUUCAACAACCUCUACGUCAAGCUGAAAGAUGACGAGGUGGAAUGCUCGUCACUCUUGUGGGGGGCCAAGAAGGGACAUGGCGAAAGAGGGUGGAAGAUGAUGAUUCACGAUAUGCGUGACUCGCCCGUCAUUGACGUCCGCACGCACGGCAGCACGCUCGACAAUGGCUGGGGUAAAGACGUACGCAUCUAUCUCAGAGAGUUCCGCACGUUAAACGUCUGGAAACGCCCGUGUUUAAGCAAUGGCAAUUAUUCAAAGUGCAUUGAACGCUGUUUCGUGGCAGCUGCCGCCGACCGGAUGACAUGCAGAUUACCUUUCAUGGACAUCAAGUCAGUGGGAUAUCGUAAUCGCGAUAUGGAAUACUGCAACACACCGGAUUCUUAUUGGAAUAAUUCAAAAGAAAUCGAUAACCUCCUCGUUUACGGUCAGUGGACAAGCAACAAUUGCAGCCACUGCCAGCGGCAAUGCCAUCAGGAUUUUUACAUUGCCUACACCGAAAUGACGAAAAGUAAACCCACGGAAAGUAAACUACGUCUUUUCUAUCAGGAUUUCACGUUUGAUGAGAUCCAAGAGAGCGCCGACUAUGGGGCCGUAUCUCUACUCUGCGAUAUCGGCGGUUCGCUCGGUUUCUUGCUCGGCUUUUCUGUUUUGACCGUCUGCGAAAUUGUUGACGCUAUCGUUCAAACUUGUUUAACAUCGUGCCGACGGCUUUUCAACAAAUGCCGAGGAUAGAAAUGAAAGGCAAUUCUACUUAGGUAGGCAUCAUCUAGUCGUGGCAGACUGGUUGCAAUUAAAAUUUUGUUUGCGAGAUUCGAUGUAAUAAUAUUCCUGAAAGAAUACAGCAUGAAUGGAAUUUCGAAAA